AUGCCACGCCUUUUGAGUGGCGUGCGUGCGGCGCGUGCGGCGCACGCGGGCAUUGUGCGUGCGGUGCCCGCGGCCGCGAAGCCAGUGGAAGAGGUGCGUCGGAGCAAAGGGGGAUUCGAGCCGCGUACGUCGUUUGCGUACCCCGCCACGGUGCCGUCGUGGUACAUUGGGCAUAUGCAUCGUGCGAUGCGCUCGCUACCGGCGCUCCUGGCGCGCUCGCCGCCGCCGCUUGUGGUCGAGGUGCGCGACGCACGUAUCCCGUUGACGAGCAUCAAUCCCAACUUUGAGUCAGUGCUCCAAGAGGUGCCGCACGCCGAGGACAAGAUGCGCGUCGCGCCCGGCAAGCGGCUGCCCGGCUGGGCCGCGCGGCGGCUCGUCGUGUAUACGAAGCGCGACCUGAUCGACCGCGCGUGCGAGGCGCCACUCAUUGAAGCCCUUGAGAAGCACGGGCAGAGUGCCAUGUUUGUCGACGCGCGCCAGAAGCGCGACGUGCAGCGUGUCUACGACUGGGUGUGCCAGCGAGCGGCGCUGCUAGGGCGCGAGGUCGCGCGCGCCGCCGCGCGUGCCGGGCACCUGUACCGCCCCUCGCGCGUAUCCGGCGCGGCGCGCUACACGCCGACGCCCGAAACGGGCAUCCGGCUGCUGAUUGUCGGCAUGCCGAAUGUCGGCAAGAGCUCGCUGCUCAAUGCGCUCCGCUUUGUCGGCACCGGCAAAAAAGGCGCAGCGAGUACGCACCCCCACCCCGGUCACACGCGCAAGGUGACCGGGACGGUGCGCAUCACGCCCGCCCCUCCUUCCCUCUCUGCGAUGGAGAUGGAGGGCGAGACCGUCGAUAUGAAGGCGCUUGUCGCGCAACAGGCACAGCAGGCGCCGGCUGUGUACGUCUACGAUACCCCCGGCAUCAUGGUGCCGUACCUCGGCACGGCGGACGACCAUGGCCCCGAGCGGGCACUGAAGCUCGCGAUUGCCGGCUGCAUGAAGCAGACGCUCUUUGAUCCGCAGGUCCUUGUCGACUACCUGCUCUAUCGCAUGAACCAGCGCUAUGUCGCACAAAAAGGCGAUGCGCCCCCCCCUUAUACAAAGCUCAUGCGCACGCCCCACCCCACGGACGAUGCCGCUGAAUUUCUCGCUCAAGUCGCCGAGCGUGCGCCCGGGGCACGGCAGCGUGGCGGUGAACUGAGCCUCGCUGUCGCCGCCGACUAUGUCCUGGAGCAGUUCCGCCGCGGCGCCCUGGGCAGCCGCGAGCUGGACCUGUCUUUGGACGAAGGCCAUUCAGGCGCGCGCGCCGCGCAGAUUCAUGCACGCACGGCCGCGGUGCUUUCGCCGGUGGAGGCGAAAAAUGGGGGCACAUAG